UGAAAGGAGUUUAAAAUAUUCAAGGACCAUGCAUCGCUGGUUCUUUGCCACUGAUCGCGAGAAAUGUGAGGAGGAGGCUAAGCCCUUGGAGGAUCCCGCUCAGUUGGGAGCAGAAGAAAAAGAGAAGCAGGAGUUGGUGGCACCACCCGUUCCCACCACCGAGUGGCCCUUUUGCGUAUUCUAUCCCCGAUCGCUGCAGGGCAACGAGUAUGUGGCCAUCACCGGCGAUUGUGAAUCUCUCGGAAACUGGGAUCCCAAGAAGGUUUUCGUAAUGGACAAGAAGGACUGCCACAGCCAGCAAAAAUUCGAGGCGAGUGUAGUCAUUCCCAGAAAUUUCGACAUCCACUAUCGCUACUGUGUGGUCAUCCCCAAUACGGAGACGGAUGAGAUCUACAUACGCUACUGGGAGUCCCGCCUGGAGUCGCGUGUCAUCCGCACCUGCCAGAACAUGCUGAAGGCCUGCGAUCGCUUUGGGUAUCAGAACGAGAGUGAUACCGACUAUCGGGUGGAUCGGGGAUGGGCCACCAGCGAGACCUACAUCCACUUCAAGAUCUUCAAUGCGCCGUUCUUCUGGCAGAAGCAGUCUCCCCGUCUGCUCUACGUCCAUAUCCAGCCGAUGUUCGAGAAGGAGCAGAUCUGUCCGUAUGCGUACAAGGUUCCUGUCCCAGCGCUCAAAUGUCUCACACUCAGCAGCCGUCAAUCCGAGUCCGCAGCUGGCGAUGAGACCGACCAGAGUCUCCGUCUGACCUACACAGAGGUAGCCAACCUGCUCUACUCGAGUGAGCUUAGCUUCCAGCCGGACCAUGGAGUCUGCUGCGGGCCGGAAGACAUGCAGCUCUACCACUGUUCCAUUGGGAGUCCGCUGGAGACGCACUACCGUCUUGAUCUGUACACCUUUGCCCACAAGGCAGGGUCCGACGAGCCUCCCUACCACUACGGCUAUGGCUUCGUGAAGCCUGGUCAGCUGGUGGGCAGCGAGGGCCAUAUAAUCGUCUCCAUCACCUGUGCCUCCACCCACCGACCCCUGAUCGAGAUGUGCCUUCGCUACCUGGUCAUCCGUCCCCUGGAGAACUUCAAGUGCGAUAUGCGGCGGACGUACGAGCGCUACUGGCGCCGCAAUCGCCUGCCGAUGGACAUUGGCCAUCGAGGAUCGGGCAUAACCUACUUCCUCGGACAGGAUCUGGUGCGGGAGAACACGCUCUACGGCUUCAAGCAGGCCGCUGUGGCCAAUGCCGAUAUGGUGGAGUUCGAUGUGCAGCUGACGAAGGACGCCCAAGUGGUUGUCUACCACGACUUUGUGAUGAAAUUCCUCCUGCAGCGCUGUUCUAGCUACGAGGAGUUACUCACCAGUUGCGAUCUGCUGAUAUUUCCCUGCGAGAAGCUCAGUCGCCUAAAGCUCUUGGCGAUGGGAGGAUGCAAGCGGACCAACCAUAUUGCCGUGCCCUUUGAAGCCUUCACCUACGACCAGCUGACCCUGGCGCGAGUCUUGCGCUUUGCCGCCAACAAGGGACGCGAGGUGCCAUGCGAUCGUAUGCUGCAUGAGCAGCGGCCCUUCCCUCUGCUGCUGGACAUGUUCGAGAAGGAACAGACUCUGCUGCCACAGUCCCUUGGUUUCAACAUCGAAAUCAAGUUCCCGCAGCUGGACAGCACCCGGCGCUGGGAGGACGAGUGCUUCAAGCCUACCUUUGACCGAAACCUAUACGUGGACACUAUCCUGGAGAUAGUCCUUCAGCAUGCCGGCAGCAGACGCAUCCUUUUCUCAUGCUUUGAUGCGGAUAUCUGCACGAUGGUGCGCCUGAAGCAGAACCUCUAUCCCGUGAUGCUGCUUACCGAGAAUCCCGAGUGCCCGGUCCAGUAUUUGGACAAGCGUGUCAGUGUCUUGGAGAAUGCUGUCCACCUGGCCCAUUCCUUAGAGUUCUUCGGCCUGGCCAUGCAUACCAAUACGGUGCUGCAGCAACCGACAAUUGUGGCCCAGCUCCAGCAGCUGCACCUCCAUGGCGUCGUCUGGGGCAGCCUUAAUGUGGACAUUCGGGUGCGCGAUGUAAUGAAGAAGCACGGGGUAGUGGGCAUCAUCUACGAUCGUCUUGAUCAGCUGGAUCAGGCGGGGGAGGAGCUGCCCUGCGGCAAUCUAUGCAUCGUGGAUUCAAUAGCCAACCGAAAGAUGCUGCAAGAAAUGGAGGAGAAGGAGUGGGGGGCCAAGUGCGGCUUUAAGUCCGGGGAUGAUAUUAAUGAGGCGCCCAGAUAUUGCUAGCUGUUGAAUUUACAAGAUACUAUACGCUGGUAUUCUCAAAAAA